CUAUUGUUGGCUCAUCGUAGAUACUUUGACUGAGUCACCUGGACAGUAGAUGACCUCCAUGCCAUUGUGUCGAUUAGAGGUAACGUGUGACGAUGACCAAGCGUCAUCUGAAGAUCAGAUGGUCGCUGCUUCUAACACAGAGCAAGUAUCACCAGUUCCCAACACGAAGGUUUUAUCACUCGCAGAGGUAGAAGAUUGGCUGGACGACCACCGCGAUAACGCUGCUGAUUACUUUCUUCGGGAAAUGGACAUUAAAUUUAUCGAUCGAUGGCUGAUGACUCAUGGAUUUUUUUCCACUCGAGAGUACAUCGCUUCGCGGCGGAACUCGAAUACACCGAACGAUAGCGAUGAGCAUCUGCUUGUGGACCAAACUUCCGGUUAUUUUAGUGACGGACCACAGCUAACAACUCGUCCACGCUUGAAGUCUAAAAAGUUUCUUCGUCAGAAUUUCGCCCGUUCAAAGAGGAAAAAUGCACUUCGAGAAUCCGAACCAAUCAGUCAGAGUACCGAUAGUCCAACCCACGCGCGGAGACACAGUUUUCGAGACUUCAGGAGAUAUCUCUCUUUGCCAUCUCGGUCUAGUCACAUUCUAAAUCACCUAAUUGAAUCCAAAGUUCGAAUACCACGGGUACCUUCGAAAGGGGUAGAGGCGAAACGGGAACUUAGAUUUACAAAUGAACGACAGUUUUUCCUGGAGAUUGUUCAGGAGAUAGCUCAUGACCUUGACGCUAAAAGUCUGACUUGGAAAAUUAUUACUAACCUUGCAGUCCUUGUGGACAGUGAUUGUGCGUCUUUGUAUCUCAUUGAAGGACCGAAAGACAAGCGGAUGUUAGUCUCUAAGGUUUUCGAUGUGCAUUGUGGGACGGACAUUUUCUUGCCUGGCUCUGGAAAGGACGACGAAAUCAAAGUUCCAUGGGGCACUGGCAUCAUAGGUCAUGUGGCAAACACUGGAAUGACGGUGAACCUAAUUAACCCUAAUCAGGAUCCAAGAUACAAUGACGAAGUCGAUAAGAUACGUGGCUACAGAACAGACACGCUACUCUGCAUGCCUAUUAGAAACGCUGAUGACGAGAUUAUAGGCGUUGCUCAGGCCGUAAAUAAAAAUCUUCAAAGUGGCGAGCAGCAGUUCACCGAAGAAGACGAAAAACUCGCCAGGGCGUACCUAGAGUUUUGUGGAAUUGCCUUAACCAACGCUCGUCUUUUCGAGAUGUCCCAGAAAGAAUACGAAAGAAACAGGUCACUACUAGAAGUUGCCCACGACUUAUUCGAAGAACAGACGUCGCUAGAGAAAGUUAUCCUGAAGAUUAUGCAGAGGGCGCAACAGUUGCUGAAAUGUGAAAAAGCGGCCGUUUUACUCCUUCAAGAGGGAUCCGAGAGCGAGAACGUGAAAUUUUCAAGGACAUUUGAACUGACAUCUUCCCCUCUUGCUCCAUUUUCACCCGUAAUCAGCUCAGCAGAACCCGAAACGUCCUUGGGCCUCCUCCGUUUCGCCAAACGAGUUGUUGCAACAGGAGAAGUACUAAAUAUUACUGACCCUAAAAAGAUAUCCGGAGAAUCGGGACGUCAUAUCCGGUCACUCUUAUGCAUGCCAAUCAGAGAGAGGGAUUACAAAAUCAUAGGUGUGGCAACAAUCAUCAAUCGAUUAGACGGUCUUGUGUUUGACGAAAAUGACGAACAACUCUUCAAGGCAUUUACCCUAUUUUGUGGACUUGGAAUCAACAAUACGCUGAUGUACAGUGAACUGGAGAAAGCUAUGGCUCGUCAGAAAGUUGCAAUUGAGGUAAUUUCUUAUCAUGCUACGGCGACUCAAAAGGAUAUCAAGCAAUUUCUGCAGAGUCGCCAUCUGCCGGAAGCUAAGAAAUUGGAGCUGACGAGUUUGAAGUUUGACGAUUUCUCUUUGACAUCUGACGAAAUGAUUUUAGCAUCAAUCCACAUGUUCCAGGAUUUAGGUCUCUUGUCGCAUUUCAAGAUUGACGUGUCUGUUCUAUGCCUCUUUCUGGCGACAGUAAGAAAGAACUACAGAAACAUUCCAUACCACAACUGGCGACACGCAUUUAAUGUUGCACAAGUCAUGUUCGCGAUCCUGAAGAAUUGUGGUGUCAAGUGUGUUCUGUCAGACCUGGAAAUCUUAGGAAUGAUGGUGGGUUGUCUCUGUCACGAUCUUGAUCAUAGGGGGACGAAUAACGCAUUUCAACAAAAAACUGGCUCAGCUUUGGCUUUGCUGUACGGGAAUAAAGCGACGAUGGAACAACACCAUUUCAACCAUGCUGUGAUGAUUUUGUCCAGCGAAGACCACAACAUCUUUGCUACAUUGUCCCGUGAUGAAUACAGCCGAGUUAUGAACAUUCUGAAAAAUGCAAUCCUUGCUACGGACCUCUCUACAUACUUUCAACUUCGCGGCAAAUUCUUCUCUCUGGUUGACAAUACGAACUACGAAUGGAAGAAAGAGGAGAACCGAGAGGUUUUAAAAAGCAUGCUUAUCACAGCGUGUGAUCUAGGAGCUUCCACCAAACCGUGGUCUAUUCAACAGAGAGUAGCCAAACUAGUAACUGACGAAUUUUUCGAUCAAGGGGACAAGGAAAGGCUGCAGUUGAAAAUUCAACCACAGGCUUUGAUGGAUAGAGAAAAGAUAGACGAACUACCACAGAUGCAAGUUAGCUGGAUUGAUGCAAUAUGUCUACCAUUAUAUAAGGUCUUUUCUAAGAUCAACAGCGGGUUUAUAGAAAUGGUAGAGGGAGCUGUUAGCAACAGAGAUAAAUGGGAAGCUCUCGCCUCACGAAAAGUCAACUUAACCAAUGGAAAUGCAGAAAUGUAUGACAAGGAGACUGGUGUAUAAUAGAUCACGUAGGAUUCGAUCCCGUAUUAGCUGGUUUUGCCAUUUUGUUUUGUCGUUGUGUAAUUUCCUAAUUAUUGCUUUUUAGAAAUGCAUUUACUGUGUUAAAUGUGGAAGUUUGAAUCACUUGGUUUAUGUUUUAAAAUAUUGUAAUU